AUGAUAUUGAAGCUUUCUUGGGCUACGGCCAUCCUCAUCUUUGGCCUUUCCGCCCAGGCGACUCAAAUCUUCAGCAAUACUGGCACAACCUCGGGCUGGGACUCGAUCAACCACGAGCACAAGGGUACGGUAGUUCAAGUAACCAACGUUGUUGACCAAGGUUCGACAGCCUUGAAGAUGACCCAGACCUACGACUCCAGCUACAGCGGCCGGUACCACUCCGAGGUGGUGAAGAACAACGUCUACAAGCGCGGUGACACAGGCUUCUACGGCUUCGCAUUCCGUCUGCAGGAGAAUUGGCAAUUCUCCCCCGCGCAAUCCUACAACAUCGCGCAAUUCAUCGCCGAUUUCUCUGAUACCGGCUGCGAUGACUACAUGCCAUCCAGCAUGGUCUGGCUGGUCGGUAAUCAGCUCUAUUCCCGCGUCAAGCAGGGUACGAUCUGCGCGCAGAAGACCCAGACCUUCUCGAACCUUGCGACAGUUUCGGCGGGUGUCUGGCACAAGAUUGUAAUCCAGGCUAGUUGGAAGACGGAUGGAACGGGCUAUUAUAAGAUGUGGCUUGAUGGUAAUAAGGUUCUGGAGCAGGAUGAUAUCAAUACAACUAUCGAAGAUGACCGGGCAUUCCAGUUCCGGGUUGGUCUUUAUGCCAACGGCUGGCAUGACGAUGGUGGUAUGAAGGGUACCCAGGGAACUCGCCAAAUCUGGUAUGAUGAGAUUGCGGCCGGUACUACCUUUGCCGAUGCCGACCCGGAUCAGUGGUGA